GUCAAGUGUCAUCGCUUGUUUUACGUCGUUUGACGAGUUUGAAAUUUGUUUUUGGAAUUUAGAUAUUUUUAGGUAUUUACUUCAAUAUAUUGCAUUGUGUUAAUACGAAACUUUGAUAACACUAUGGGUCAUAAGAAGUGUUUUCUUUGUGGGGAAACCCGUAAAUUGAGAGAAAUAUCGUAUCAUAGAUUGCCUACUGAUCUUGAGAUGAGAAAUUUAUGGUUGAAAUCUUUGAAUGUCGAAGAUAAAGUGAUUGAAUCCUUUAAGACUCAACCUGUACUUUGUUCAAAACACUUCCAGUCACAGGACAUUAUGUUUGCAGGUGGAAGACGAGUUCUGCAUAUGAAUGCAAUACCUGUUUUAUUUUCAGCAUCUUCAGUGAAGAUUGAAAGUCCAAAUGAGGUAAUGCUUUCUAGUUUUCCUACAAUGUAUGAAACGGAACAUGCAGAAAUUAUUCAAUCGACAUCUCCACAUUAUGUUUCUCAUCAUGAUCAAGGAAUUCAAGAUAUCGAAUCCCAAAAGAGAAGAUAUUCAUCAGAAAUGGAAAAUAAUAGUAACCCUAGUGCUCCUGUUUCACCUCAGCAGUCUAAAAAUUUUCGAUAUGUUGGUGACUUCACACAAAACGAUAUUGAGGAUCCUAUUCUUCGAAAAAAAUUUUGGAUCAUAUGUAGGAAUACCUUCAAGACACAAAAGAUGAGGAUUCGUAGUCUUCAAAAAAAGAUAAAUAGAGUAAAUCUUAAAAUUAACUCAUUAGAAGCUCUUACCCGACAACUGAAACAGGACUUAAUCUCGAGAGUGCAAACUACACAUUGAAUUAAAUCAAGAGACCAAAUCAACUCUGCCUUCAUAUAGUUUGUGGUAUACAUACAUAUGUGGUGUACUUACUAUAUAUAAUGGUGAUCAAGAGUCAUUGUUACCAUUGGUUGUACAAAUAUACCAAAUAUGGUACAAUUGGGCAUCAUAAGUAGUGAAAGAGUAUAGCUCAAUGCAUUUUAACGUUUUUUGAAUUUUUUUUAAUGACUGUGAUAUGCAAAAAAAAAUUUAUUUGUUUUCAAUAUUUUUGUUGUGUUAAUUGGUUUGCUUUUUUUGGAAAAAUUAACUGAUAUUCAAGAAAUUGGGAAUCUUCAUGCUGCAACUAAAAUAAGGAUAACCAUUUGCAAUGGUUCAAGGAGGAAAUGAAAGUGUCCUUUGCAGUUCAAACUUUCAGGAGAAGUGUACCAGAUGCUCUUGAUUUCCUUUAUUUCGACUUGAAAAAUACCAAUUUUUCACACUCCAAAAAAAUUUGUAGAUUUUUCAAUAAUACUUUCGAUAACUU